AUGGGCAUCCGUCCUGUCACACAGCAGAUGCACAUGAACAUGAACAUGCCCUUGGUAAGUUUACCAUCACGUUCUGUUUCCCACAUCCACUGCAAGAGAAGAGUUGCGUCCAGCUGUGGAGAUUCCAGCCGCGGUAUCGCUCCCUAUUAUCAUAACUCUGACUUGAGCGAUCAUUUUUCCAUAACCCCACCUCUCAUCUUGAAGGCAGGUCAUGGCCGGAAUGCCAAGCUCAUUGCCAGAUGGGAGAAAGGAUAA